GUAAAUAAACAAACCUAUAUAAACUACACUCCUAGUUCUGGAGCACCUCUUUCUGUGCUAUAAAACCGCAAAAGCUUCGACGCUCUUCAAUGCUCAAUCCCACUACAGAGGAGUUUUAGCAUUAUUUCAACUCUCAAUGGCAAGGGAUACUGACAAUGAAUCAACUCAUCGUAAACCUGGUCUCUUAAAAGACCAAAUUCGAUUGGUAAAGAGAAAGGAUUGUGAUCGAUAUGAGAUUGUCCAUAUACCGGAUAAUUUAUCAUUUGAGAAAGGGUUCUUCAUUGUAAUCCGUGCAUGCCAGUUGUUGGCUCAAAAGAAUGAUGGACUUGUAUUAGUGGGACUAGCUGGUCCUUCGGGUGCUGGAAAGACAGUAUUCACUGAAAAAAUACAGAAUUUCAUGCCAAGUGUUGCUGUUAUUUCCAUGGAUAAUUACAAUGAUGCAAGUCGAAUUGUUGAUGGAAACUAUGAUGAUCCUCGCUUAACGGACUAUGAUAUGCUGCUUAAAAACAUCCAUGACUUGAAGGCUGGAAAGCCAGCAGAGGUUCCAAUAUAUGAUUUCAAAUCUAGCUCACGCAUAGGAUACAGGACACUUGAAGUCCCUAGUUCCCAAAUUGUGAUUUUGGAGGGCAUAUAUGCUUUGAAUGAGAAAUUGCGCCCUUUGAUUGAUCUUCGAGUAUCUGUGAAUGGUGGAGUUCAUUUUGAUUUAGUAAAACGAGUUAUAAGAGAUAUACAACGUGCUGGGCAAGAACCUGAAGAGAUUAUCCACCAAAUAUCUGAAACGGUUUAUCCAAUGUACAAGGCUUUUAUCGAGCCUGACCUACAAACAGCACACAUCAAAAUAAUCAAUAAAUUCAAUCCAUUCACUGGAUUUCAGAGUCCUACAUAUAUUCUAAAGUCUUCGAGGAAUGUGACGGUGGAGCAAAUCAAGUCUGUCUUGUCUGAGGAACAUACAGAGAGUGUGGAAGAGACCUAUGAUAUAUAUCUUCUGCCACCUGGUGAAGAUCCAGAGUCAUGCCAAUCAUAUCUGAGGAUGAGAAACAAAGAAGGAAAAUAUAAUCUCAUGUUUGAGGAAUGGGUCACAGAUUCUCCAUUUGUAAUAUCACCAAGGAUCACAUUUGAAGUUAGCGUCCGGCUUCUUGGUGGAUUGAUGGCUCUGGGUUAUACCAUAGCAGCAAUCCUCAAAAGAAACAGCCACACAUUUUGUGAUGAGAAGGCCUGUGUCAAAAUUGAUUGGCUUGAACAGCUGAAGCGUCAAUAUGUUCAGAUCCAAGGAAGAGAUCGCUUGGUUGUAAAACGUGUAGCUGAUCAGAUGGGAUUGGAAGGUUCUUACAUCCCACGCACAUAUAUUGAACAAAUACAGUUAGAAAAGCUUGUGAAUGAAGUCAAGGCCUUGCCAGAUGAUUUGAAAACAAAGCUUAGCAUAGAUGAAGAUUUUGUGUCCAGCCCUAAAGAAACACUAUUCCGUGCCUCAGCAGAGAGUGUAGCGCUAAGAAAAAGAAACAUCGGAAGUGGGAUAUCGCAUUCAUAUUCAACAAAUAGGGAUGUGAAUCUGCCUAAAAUCAGCUUAUUUUCUUCCAACAACCGAAAGUUUGAUGACAGGAUUUCAGUGUCAAAUCAGGGAGCUAUUGAACAACUAUCAGAACAAAUUUCUACACUGAACGAUCGGAUGGACGACUUCACAUCUCGAAUGGAAGAGCUCAGUUCCAAGUUAAGCAGCAAAAAAACUUCACCUACUGCUCGGAACACCACCCUGCAACCUGAAGCCUGCAAUGGAUCUGUACCAACUUCGCACUUCAUAUCCAGUUUGGAGAAUGGUUCUUUAACUGGAUCUAUUAUGCCUAGCCCAUCAUCUUCUUCCCAUUUGGCAAAGGAUUCUGCUUUGUUGGAAGAGCUAUCAAAUAUUGGACGGGGUCAACGCCAAAUGAUGCACCUGCUGGACAACCUUUGCAAUCUUCUUCGUGAGACAUCUGAAGAGAGACCAUGUCGAACGAAGACAAACCAGCAGCAAAGGGAUAUGGUUGAUUUUGUUCCCACCAAAGUAUCUCUAAUAUGUACAACAUUAGGACUUGGUGGAUUGGGAAUUUUAAUGUUGAGAAGCUUUCUAUCCAGGAAGUGAGUGUCUACUCCUACAUUUUUUCGGGAUAGAAGAAGUAUUCAUGGAUUAGAGUGAGUGAUAUACCAUGGAAUGGAAGAGGCAAAUCCAUGCUGUUUUUGCUUUAUGAUAGAGAUGAAGUGUGGAUUUGCAAAUUUUGUAGCUUUGUGGUAUUCCUUCUGAUGAUAAACUAACAGAUUAAUUACUUCUUGGAGUUCAAUUCAAUCUUCAUUUUCUGCUACUUCUUGAGA